AUGUGGUGUGUGUGUGUGUGUGUAUUAGUGGUUCAGGCCUGGUUCGGGUCAGCACCUCUGCCUCUGGACUGCAGCAGUGACUCCGCCUCUCUGUCCCGCUGCUCCUCUAUCUCUCAGGAGAAGCUGAUGGACCGGGUCAUCCAGCACGCCGAGCUCAUCUCCCGCAUCUCUGAUGAGUGCUGCACACUGUUCGAGGAGAUGUUUGUCCCGUACUCAGCGAGAGCUUUUAGAAUCCCAGGAGGAAACUCCUGCAUCACAAAGGCCUUCCCCAUCCCCAUCCCCAGCUCCAAGACUGAGCUCCAGCAGAUAUCGGACAAGUGGCUGCUCCACUCUGUGCUGAUGCUGGUGCAGUCCUGGAUCGAGCCCAUGGUUUAUCUGCAGAGCACCCUGGACCGCUACGACGCUGCGCCCGAGACUCUGCUCAAUCGGACCAAGUGGGUUUCGGAUAAAUUGAUCAGCCUGGAGCAAGGAGUGGUGUUCCUGAUUCGCAAAAUGCUGGAGGAAGGAAAGCUGAGUCCCGUGUCAGUGCAUGAACCCGGGGUAGUGCAGGACGGGAGUGCCUGUCUGUCAGUGUCGCCAGACAGACAGGCUCAGCUGCGGCCUCUACUGAACGGGCUCAGCCUUGAAGAGUCUGUCUGGGGGCAUAAAUCAGCCGUGCUGUCAUGGCGAGGGGAGCGUCGGCGUGUAGCGAGGCUCUUGCGGGCAGGAUGUGGUGGUGGGGCUGGUGUCAGCAGUGUCAGCUUCGGCUUCCUGCGUCCUAAUCAUUUCAACAUGGCCGGCCGGUGCCUGGGCCGGGGCUGCUCAAACCGCCACCAAGGGCCCCCUCCUGCUCGGGCCAUCAAGUGCCACCAGCAGGCUGUAGCUCCACCCCUGAAGCAGUGUGGCUGUGGAGCAGGGUAUGGCGUGGACGUGGAGGAGGGAGGGCCGAGACAGAAGGGCAGGCCCAAGGCCGAGGCGCCUGAUUGGGGCACCGACGCACUCGACUCCCCUGCCUAA